CCUUUAUAGUACCAAGAGUGAGAUAAGCAGGGUUUUCUUGCUGGUGUAAUCCGGUUCUUGGACUACUAUAUAUAGUACGCGUGUGCGUCGCUGGCAUGACCAACGAUAUAGCAUAGAGAUGUGGCUAUGACUGCCACAUUUGAUCGUCAACAAACUUUCAUUACAUCGUGAAACAACAUUCAGAAGCGAAGCACACGUACAGACCUUCUGCGAGACCCGUCUUCUAACUGAAGAACAUUGAAGGACACGUUAAAGAGCAUCGAACCCAACCACGAAGACAUGGCUGCUGUCGCCGGGCUGACGUUGUCGUUGGGCGAAUACGCGCGCCCGCUCCUCCUCACCAUCGUCAUCGUUGUCGCCUACGCUCUCUGGACGCAGACGAGAAAACGCGGCGCGGGGCGAAAUCUGCCACGGGACCUCGCGGGCUGGCCCGUCAUAGGGUCGCUCCUCGAUCUGAUGCGAAAUCCGGAGGAGUACCUCAGCGCAAUGGCCGACAUUUACGGUCCGGUGUUCGGCGUUCAGCUCGGAAACGAUUUCGUCGUUGUUCUCAGUGACAUCGGCGCGGCUACGGAGGCGUUCAUGAAGCACGGAAAUGUGUUCUCUGGUCGCGACCGCACGGGAGCCAUCAUGCACUCCGUAGAAGGCUUCUUCAACCGAAAAACAAAUCUAUACUUUGGGCUGGGUGCCAGCAUGGGGCGCGCGUGGAAAAGUCAUCGGAAAUUUACUCUGAGCACGCUACGGAACUUUGGCAUGGGCAAAGUGAGCGUCGAGGCAAGAAUACAAGAGGAAGUUGUGGCAUUUCUGAACGUAGUACGAGCCGAAGGCGGUCGGCCAUUCGAUGUUCAG